AUGGGGCUGCGGGGGGACCUGUGCGCCGUGCUCUCCGCGGGCGCUGCUCCCACCCACGCUUUCCCGCAGACCAACAUCAAAAUCAGCCAAGCCGUGCCGGAGCCCGUGCAGGCCUACUCCUGCCCGCUCUUCUGGACCGAGUACGAGGGCCACUGCUACAGGUACUUCCCCAUCAACAAAACGUGGGCCGAGGCCGACCUCUACUGUGCCGAGUUCUCCAUCGGCAUCCGCUCCGCAAAGCUGGCCUCCAUCCACAGCUGGGAGGAGAACGUCUUCGUGUACGACCUGGUGAACAGCCGCGUGCCCGGGAUCCCCACCGACGUCUGGACGGGGCUCAACGACCUCCGGCAGGAGGGCCACUUCGAGUGGACGGACGGCUCCCCGUACGACUACAACUACUGGGACGGGAACCAGCCGGACGACGGGAUCCACGCCAUGCCGGCGGAGGAGGACUGUGUGCAGAUCUGGUACAGGCACAGCAGCGCGCUGCGGUCCUGGAACGACAACAGCUGCGGCAGGGAGUUCCCCUUCGUCUGCAAGAUCCCCUCGCUGGCGGCUGAAUAG